UACUGCAAAACCUGGCGACGUGGACUGUCCACGAUGGACCCAUUCCUUCGGGAACCAUUCAAGUCCCUGACACUCUUACUGUCCGUACCUUGGUGAUUCGAAACAACUUAUGCUGCAUCAUAGUCACCCACUCUCCCGCUUUCUUUGAUUCGAAAUGGUCGCCGCAAUCGAGGCUGCUGGCCCCGGUGACGGUCGCGUCAACAAGCGCAUCGAGAACUACACCGCGUUCUGGCAGAAGGAUAUGAGCAAGGAGCAAACGGCCGACACCGAGAACCGUACCGAGAACUACACUGACGUGGUCAACGGUUACUACGACGGUGCGACUGAGCUCUACGAGUACGGCUGGGCGCAGUCCUUCCACUUCUCGCGCUUCUACAAAGGCGAGGCCUUCCACGCGUCUCUCGCCAGGCACGAGCACUACCUCGCCGCUCAGAUGACCCUUCGCCCCGGCAUGAAGGUCCUCGACGUCGGUUGCGGUGUCGGCGGCCCCGCCCGCGAGAUUGCGCGCUUCGCGGAUGUGAACAUCGUCGGCCUGAACAACAACGACUUCCAGAUCCAGCGGGCGAGGAAGUACACCAAGAACGCGGGUUUGGAAGACCAAGUCACUUUCGUCAAGGGCGACUUCAUGAAGCUCUCCGAGCAAUUCGGCGAGAACUACUUCGAUGCCGUAUACGCCAUUGAGGCCACGGUCCAUGCGCCCACCUGGGAAGGUGUGUAUGGCGAGAUCAAGAAGGUGCUCAAGCCCGGAGGAAUUUUCGGUGUCUACGAGUGGUGCAUGACCGACUCAUGGGAUCCCUCGAACCCCGAGCACAAGGAACUUGCGCAUGCAAUUGAGUUCGGCAAUGGUAUCCCCCAAAUGCGCCCCAUUCGGGAGGCACGGCAAGCGCUCCUCAACGUCGGUUUCGAGAUCGAGCACGAGGAGGACCUUGCUGAGAGGCCCGACCCUGUUCCUUGGUACUAUCCCCUCGAAGGCGACAUUUCGAAGGCGCAGACUGCGUGGGACUACUUCACUGUGUGGCGGAUGAGUUGGUCGGGCAAGCUUGUGUCCCACAAUGCGAUGCGCAUCAUGGAGUGGUUUGGGCUGAUCCCCAAGGGUACCUGGGAGGUCGGUGAGGCGUUGAAGGUUGCUGGGGAUGCUUUGGUCAAGGGUGGCCAGACGAAGCUCUUCACCCCGAUGUAUCUUGUCAUCUCGAGGAAACCGAAGGAGGAAUAAUCAUGCAUCGACAUGUGCAUUGCUAGAUCAUACGGAUAGCAUAGGAUACCACUAUAUAAUUCAUGGAGAUUUGUUCGUUCGAGCCAACUAGAAUGCCACUCGUUUCUCG